UAAAAAACAUAUGGUAGCGCAAAUAUUUCAAUUUGUAAGUCGACUGCAAAUUGCAAUAGUUCGACAAGUCAUAGAAGGCUUUGUAAUGCCGUUUUAUGCUGUUAGAACUGGAAGGAAUCCAGGAAUAUAUAAAGACUGGGGCUCCUGUAAGUCACAAGUAGACAAGUUUCCACAAGCACGCUACAAGAAGUUUAAUACUCAUGAAGAAGCAGAGGACUUUGUUAAAGGAAGUGGUGGACCAUUACGUAACUCAUAUGCAAACACCUAUAAUAAAGGGUCAUCCUCCAAGACAGCUAACCAAAAACCUACAAGUAAUUAUAAUGCACCCUCAACAUCAACUCACAAACCAAGUGUGAAGGAACAAGUUUCUCAUCUGUCUGCUGUUGUUCAUCAGUUAUCAGAAGAGAUAGAAUCUUACGAGAAAACUCAUGUACCGUCCAAAAGAUCUCAACCAUCUAGUGCAACACAGCCUGGUGGAUCAAGGUCAUAUUCAACACAUUCAUCAUCACAAUGUGGCAGCAAUCCUAAACGAUUGAAACAUGACAACUCAGAUGGAGGUUUAAAUUCUGAAGAAGGUGUAGUAGUAUAUACAGAUGGUGGAUGUUUUGGGAAUGGCCAAAAAGGAGCCACUGCUGGCAUUGGUGUCUAUUGGGGUGACAAUCAUCCUGAUAAUCUGAGUGAAAGGUUAGGAGGGAGACAAACAAAUAACAGAGCAGAAAUACAUGCUGCAGCAAAAGCUAUCCAACAGGCCAAAGCUAAAGGAAUUACAAACCUAGUCCUAAAGACAGACAGUCAAUUCUGUAUUAAUGGUAUAACAAGUUGGAUACACAAGUGGAAAAGGAAUGGCUGGAAACUGAGUACAGGUCAGCCUGUCAUUAAUAAAGACGAUUUUAUAGAAUUGGAGUCUUCACUACAAGGAAUUAAUGUGAAAUGGGUCCAUGUUAGAGGACACAGAGGAAUACCUGGGAAUGAAGCUGCAGAUAAACUGGCAAAUGCUGGAGCUCUUAAACCUGCAAUCUGACGAUAAACUGGCAAAUGCUGGAGUCUUUAAACCUGCAGUGUGAUGAUAAGCUGGGUAAUUGAGGGAGCCUUUUAACCUCAAGUCUGAUGAUAGGCUGUAGUGAUAUAAACUGGAUUCAUUUAUUUCCGUGGAUUGAGGGAAAAUUGCAUUUUCAUGGAUAUUUGAUUUUGUGGUUUUGCCAAACUGUACAAAUGCAAAUAGAAAAUUUGUUUAGUUGAGCUCUGAUUUUAUGAGUUACCUUUACAUGUACCAACAAAUCCAUGAAAACUAGUAUAGAACAAAACAUAAUCAAUCCACAGCAGUCAUUCCUCAAGGUGCUUAUCAUACUUCAGUGACAUGUUUAAACAGGAUUUAUAGGAUUGAAAAGUGCCAAAUGUAUAAAAGAAGGACGAUACGCACUCAGUAAUGCUAAGUUAAACUAUCAAUUCAAACUUUUUUAUGAACAGAUGGUUAAGCAUUAUUAUGGGAAUAUAUUGGUUUAAACCUUUAUAUCAGUAUGGUGAUAUAAACUUUGUUAAGCACAUUAUAUCUGAAUAAUAAUUUUUGUUACAAGUCUGUAAAUUGUGUAUGGGUUAAUGUGAAUAUGGUUGUUUGUACUUAUUACAAUUUAUGAGUAUAAAUAUUGUUGUUUUGUUUCAAAUGAUUAGAAACUUGUCUAUCAAGGGACAGGUAGGGUCUAGAGGUUUUUGGUAUGUUUUUGGAGUUACAGUCCUUGGUUAAAUUAUAUUUAAAUAGAUUACUCUGUUUUUAUGAAUCAAAUGUUAAAUCUGUACUUUUAUAAAACAUUACAGUUUUUAUUUAAUAACUUAAAUUCACUUAGAUUUGGGCCUAAGUACUAUGUUACAUAAUGAAGGACAAUAUGGUUUUCACUGAUUAAAUGUACCUUUUCAAUUUAGGCCCUGCGUUCCUUUCGAUAUGGUAAUAUUGUUUCUUAUUGAUAAUGCAAGUCCUGAUUACAUCAUUAUGCAACUACUGAUCAUGAAAACAUUUUUGCUAUUGAUUUCUCUAUUGCUUCAAAUACUUUUCAUGAGUUAUGCCCCUUGCAGGGGUUGAAAUAUGAAAAUUUGCUAUUUAGAUAAUAACGUAAUAACUAUAAGCUUAACUCACAUGAUACUGUGAUAAUAUAAUUUACUAUGAAAUAAGUUCUGUAUGUUUGAAAUGCUGGUUGUAAGUUAUUUUUAUUUCAGAUGAUUUGUUUCAAAUAAAAAUUUUAUAUUUUGCCUA